AUGGAAUCCCCGGAAUAUCUCAAAUCGCCCCUCUUGGGUACAGGGUCGGAGAGCGGCGAUUCCACGCUGUUUUCAUCCCAGGAGUACGAGCGCCAGAAAAAGCCGCGAGCAAAAGUGAGCUGGUACACUUACAUUGUGUUGUCGGCAACAAUUAUAUUGGCAUGGACAUCCGGACUCCUUUUGUACAAUCAUUACACAACUACCUCCCCUUAUGCUCUGACUCACCGAGGAGAAUGCGGGUGGUCGGUCGCAGAAGCAAAAGCAAACGGUUGCGUUUUCGAUAUUAUGAUGUCCUCGUGGCUACCCAAGCCAUGUUAUGAUAAAGAGCUCUCGGAUCGAUACCUCGUCGUUAACAACUUCACAUUUUGGGAGCACAGCAAGGGUACGGGUCAGCUUUCACAGGAAGAAGUGCAGAAAGGAGAAUUCGAUAUUAUCUUCACUCACGCCACAUAUCACACCCAGCACUGCCUUUUCCUCUGGGAAAAGCAAAUAAAAGCCGCAAACUCAAGACGUCCAGUCUUGGACUCAAUCACAAGAAGCCAGCAUCAUAUAGAGCAUUGUAUAAGAAUCCUCACCGCUCACACCGCCGAGAACUAUACUUCGACUGAGAAGGCAUUGUUUAAGACUGGAACGCCGAUUCACGUGAAGCCGCAGAACCAGAUAUGCUGGGAGGGUUGAAACUGCUUGUGGAGCAACUAUGAGAAGCUCCCCCAAAAGGGAAGUGCUGAUGUUGAUGCCUUUUUUUUGUAGUAGCUAUACAAUGGGAGUGAGUUGAAAGUUCUUGGCUAGAUUUAUUUUUGAGGCGAUAUUUCCCGCUUAACAUACAUUUACGAUUCAUUGGAAAUUUACCACAUUAGAAUCGUUGUGUUUACUCACGUACGUUCGACCAGAGCGGAAUUACUAGUCAAGUCUGC